CGCCGGCACCGCGCCGUCCUGGGCAGGUUCGCUGGUCUGGGGCCAAGGGGAGGGCGGGCCCGGGGCAGCCUUUGUCCCAGGAGCGGAGCUCCAGGUGGGAGGAGGAAUGGACUACAAAGGCAAGGCUGUGACAGGUCUGCAGGCAGCUACCUGUGUCUUCAGCCUCAUUGCUCUCAUUCUGACCGUCGUCAAUGUGAGGGAUGUGCUCCUGCCACCCAGCACCAAGUAUGGACUGGUGUUUGAUGCUGGCUCCACACACACAGCUCUCUACGUGUACCAGUGGCCCGGGGACAAGCAGAACGACACCGGCAUCAUCUCCCAGGUGGGGACCUGCACUGUGUCUGGCCCUGGCAUCUCCAGCUAUGCAGAGGACCCCGCUGGGGCUGGAGCCAGCCUGAGGCCCUGCCUGGACAAAGCCAUGGAGAUUGUCCCAUCCGAGCAGCAGCGGGAGACCCCAACCCUCCUGGGGGCCACAGCAGGGAUGAGGCUGCUGAGGGAGCAGAACAGCACCAAGGCCCAGCGGGUCCUGGCUGAGGUCGCCAAGGUGAUUGGGGAGUACCCCGUGGAGUUCCGUGGAGCUCGGAUCCUGACGGGGAAUGAGGAGGGCUCCUUGGGUUGGAUCACAGUCAACUACCUGCUGGAGACCCUCGUGAAGUUUUCCUUUGCAGAGAAAUGGGAACAUCCACGGGACACGGAGGUUUUUGGAGCUCUGGACCUUGGAGGUGCCUCAACACAAAUCACCUUCCAGCCUGGAGUGCCCAUUGAGGAUGAGAACACUUCCAUGUUCUUCAGGCUUUACGGCACCAACUACUCCCUCUAUACCCACAGCUACUUAUGCUAUGGGCAGAACCAGGCCCUGAAGAUGCUGCUGGCAGCUCUUCACCAGGCCAGCAGGUCUCUCCAGGUAUCCCACCCCUGCUACCCCGAGGGAUACCAGGAGAACAUCCCCACAGCAGAGCUCUACAACAGCCCCUGUGUCCGUGCACCCAGCACCCCCAGCUCCUCAGAGGUCCUGACAGUGACAGGGACAGGGGACCCAGUGGCAUGUCAGACGGCCAUCCGGAAACUCUUCAACUUCAGCUGUGGGGCCAACAGGACGUGCGGGUUCAACGGGGUCUAUCAGCCCCCCCUGCGGGGACAGUUCUUUGCCUUCUCUGGGUUCUACUACACCUUCAGCUUUCUGAACCUGACCAGCCAGCAGUCUCUAAAAGAAGUCAACUCCACUAUCCAGACCUUCUGCAAGAAGAGCUGGGCAGAGCUGGAGAAGAGCUUCCCACAGGCCAAGCAGUUCCUCCCCACCUACUGCUCUGUGGCAAUUUACAUUUUGACUUUGCUGCUGGAUGGCUACAAAUUCACUGAGCAGACCUGGAGCAGCAUCCACUUCAGCCAGCAGGCAGGAAGCACAGACAUGGGAUGGCCGCUGGGCUUCAUGCUGAACUUCACCACCAUGAUCCCCACAGAGGCCAUGGAAGAUGCCAAGGUGCAGCAGCCCAGCCUCUGGGCAGGGGCUGUCUCCUUCAUCGUGCUGGCCAUGGUGGCAGGACUGGGGGGUAUUCUGCUCCAGUGUUUUUGGGACACUGAGUAGCUACCAGCUUCCUGACUAGAGGCACCCUGUCCACUAAACCAGGCAGGGAAGAGGUGCAAAAGAAGGUGAAAGGAGAAGAACGAGGGCAUUAUACUCAUCUCCAUGAGGAGAUCUGACUGGAUCGUGCCUGUAAUGAUGCUGAAGAUGACAGAGGUGGCUUGAGGUCUAAGUACCUGCAAGAUGAAAAGACUCCUGACUCGAGAAAAACCUUUAAUCUCACUGACAAAGCCUGACUGAGGCGUGGUGGCUUGAUGAAGCCAGAUGAAUUCAGACUAGAAAUAAAAUCCUUUUUGUUUUCCAAA